AUGCGGCAAUGGGCUUUUAUCGCCAGACGAUAUAAGCCUCAUACGAGGCCGCAGGUAUCGGUAAUGUCUGGGGUCGAUUUAAAGCGCGGCUUGUGGACGGCAGUGUACUCUUUGGAACAGAAAAAAGCGUACGAGGCCCUCCUCGAACAACUGGAUUCCUUGCAUUCUGACCAAACACCCGCGACUCGAACAAGUAUACACCGGAAUAUUGAUAAGCUUCCCAACAAGUACGAUUUGCUGGGGUAUCUUAUGCGCAAUGACAAUAAAUCGCGAGCCCAGCAUCUACUAUCCACCAUGACUCGCAACCUUGUUCUUAUAAACGCUGCCAACUUGUACAUAGCAAGGUCAUAUGAUCUUCUAGCUCCCGAGAACGAUAUGAUUUUCAAGCACAUCAAACGCAUGAUACCGCGAACGUUGGAUCCUCGAAGUAGAAAGCUACUGCGUCGACUCGACACUGAUAAACCGAUUAACGUGAUGGUUGCAAUUUACCGAAUGGCUAUCUGUCUCAAUUUGCACCUUCUAGCUGGCCAGAUAAUCCGGGAGACUCUGUGGCACUCUCUGCAAACCGGCAUGGGCCCUUUUUUGGAACUGCUCAAUUACCAUAAUAUCUCACUAUAUAUUGAUCUGACGUGCGUUAAACAUCCACAGACAGACGUACAGGACUUGAAGCAGGUAUUUCGAAUUGUUUCGCUCUACGACAUGGCAGCUACCAAACACAACAGCAGAGAAAUCAAACAGAUUCCACUGUAUCCAUUUACAUCGUCUCAAGUCACCGCUAUCCUGGAGAAGGCAUCAUCCAAGAGCACCGAUACCGAACUUUGCGGGCUCGUGAUACGCGAGCUGGGCUCAAAACUGGCUGGUAACGGAGAGCUUUUUUCUCGCUAUUCUUCUAAUACAGACACUAAGACAAUGACAGAAAUUGGCUACCAAAAUUCGGUCGACGAGUUUUUGAGUUUUUGCUACAAAUUCAUUGAGGAUAGGGUUUCUCGGAAGGAUGCUGCCGCCGUUUACAAUACAUGGCUGGUAAUAGAGCCAUUUCACAACGUCUUUUACAACUCUGCAAUAGAUUCUAUGAACAACAACCCGCAAAAUGGUUACUAUUAUUACCAUGUCAUGUCGAAAAUUGUGAGUUGUUUCUCAAAAAACAAACGGUACAGACACAUGGUCGAAAAACUGGUACUGAAUCUGCCUAUCGAGGCCAUUAAAGUGUCUCCCGAAUUGAUGGCUUCCUUAAUAUAUCACAGCGCAAGAACAGGAAAUUUCAACCUAGGAAAUGUUUUAAUGAACCAGUAUACUGACGAUACACUUGGUCUGCCUACCAGAUUCUCGCCGAACCAGCUAAGUGCCCUGCUUGCACUUUCUCUGAAAGAGGGCAAAUACGAUAGAGCCCAAGAAAUCUUAAAGUUUGCCAAAGACAACCUUAUUCGCUUCAACGCCAUUGAAUUCAACGAGCUUGUCAGAGCUGCUUUGAACGAUAGAAGCAAUGCCACGGCCGCCUGGUCCAUGAUUCUUGCGGCGAGCGCAAAGACUGCAAAGUAUGCGUACAACUCGUAUGUCACUCAUAUGAUGGACACAAAGAGAAUGGACUUCGACAAACUGGAAUACAUAUAUGACUGUGCAAAAGCCGGAGUGAGCGAAAAAGACGCUAACUUUUGGGAUUACUGGACGCUGAAUUACUUCAAAUAUAUUCACCGCAAAUAUGGCUAUCGCGCUGGGAUGGCCAUAUACAUCCGCUGUGUAUCAGAGGACCGGGUUUUCGAUGGUCUAGAUUACUAUAAGUAUCAGCCCAACCCGUAUCUCAGCAGACAUACCAAAGUUACUCUUCGAUUGAGCGACGCAACACGUCCGUUCAUUCUCCGAGACAUCUUCCAACUUGCGGUGUCCGACUACAAGCGCGCUGUCAAAGCAAACCAGGACUACGCGGUGGAAAAAGAAGCAUUAAAGGCGGUGAGCUUGUGGUGCUACCAGGAAUUCAGACUGCUUGGACAAAAAGACUCGAACGUGGCGUCGGACCUGAUAAAAACAAUCAACAAGAAGUCGCGGCGCGUUGGAGGCCAACGACCACAGAAUGGAGACUCGUUUGAAGAAACGUUCUUGACCAACUUGCUCGAGUACGAAAAGCAGCAUAGAAAAUAG